AUGAUAUCGACCAUCAUCGGCUUCAUCUCCUUCACCUUUACGCUCGCCACCCUACUCAAGGUCACCUGGUCGAAUCUAGCAACCUUUAAUGCCGCACCACAAGAGAUCAAAAACAUGUUGUCAAGCCUGAAGCAAGGACUGUUGGAAGAAAGAAGGCAUUUGAGAAGAGUGAGAAAGAGACUGAGGAACGUACGGAGAGACCAAAGCCACGGUCCCAGCGCAAGAAGUGAUUCCGAAGAGUACUACGGCAGUGGCAAGAACGGGAACGAGAGUCGAAAACGAAGCAGACGAGGGAGGGGGAGCGGCAAAAGAAGGACCAUGCACUUCGACCGCGAUAUGCAGAGCAUGCGCUCAAGCGGCGAAGAAGAAGCAUUAAGCGUAAUGCGCGUCACCAUCCGCGACCUCAUCCAAAAGUUCCGAGAUCUCGAGUAUCCCUUUCUGAAACCAGAACACCAGUCCCAGGACUCGGCGCAAUGGUCUACUCAAUCUACAUCUCUUCCAUCUGAAAAGUCACCAUACGCAGCGCAAUACUACCCGCACUCCGAUGACGAUGAUUCUCCUUCAGCUAGGCACAUGCGCAAUAGUAACCGUCUGGGUCUGGAAUACGCAAACUGCGAUCUUCAACAUCGUUGGUUGUGGUACGGUGUUGAGUAG